AACAAGGAAGUUGACACAGAUUUUCCAUCAGUGUAAACAUUGUAGAUGUGGCAACACAGAGGAGCAGUCUACUCUGGAUAACAACAAUUACUGUUUUCUUUAUACCUCAACUUCAGCUCCGAUGCCAUAAUGAAGGCAGCCAGAACCAAUAUGUUGGGUGCUGCAGUGUCUAACAACAAGGUCAAGUAUUCACGUCUGGCUGCUGAUGAGGAUGGUUACAUAGACUUACAGUUCAAGAAAAGCCCACCAAAAGUCCCAUACAAGGCGAUUGCACUGGCAAUAUUCCUGUUUCUGAUUGGCUCCUUACUGAUAAUCUUCGGGGCCCUUCUUCUGGCAGGAACCAUAAAGGUCGAGCAUCCAGACCGCACCAUUCCUGUGAUCAUCAUAGGGACGCUCGUUUUCCUCCCUGGAUUUUACCAUUUGAGAAUUGCCUAUUAUGCCGCCAAGGGUUACCGGGGUUACUCCUACGAUGACAUCCCAGAUUUUGGUGACUGAACCAAACGACAGCUGCUGAUUGGUGGAGAAUCCCCUCUCUUUUUUUUGCCACACUGUGUAUCCUGAGACUGUUGCCUGCUGUUUACUUUGAGUUUCUGAAUGUAUGUAGCAAAAAAAAAAAAAAA